GAGAAGGGUGAGGAGUGGGGGAGUGUUUUAUCUUUAUUGACUUCUUGUUUCGCUUUCUGAUUCUUGGUCCACUGUAACAUGACUAGCCAUUGCUACACAUUCCCCUUGCCAUGGAUGGACCCCCUUCACUGUCAUGAUGGCCUGGAGCACUCUGAAGCCUCCUCAGGCCUUCUCAUUGCUACCAUGAAGUGUUCUGAAGGGGCAACUCCCCUUCUGAGAAGCCCCGUUAGCUGUGGAAGAGUGACUCAUUAAGUUAUGUCAAAAGCCUAUUAAAUGCCAAUGACAAACCAAGCAUGGUGUGAGCUUGCAAUCAGCCCUGACCAGAAGGGAGAGAGAGUGUGCUGGUGGGGCAGCAGCUGCAUGUUUGGAGUUGUGGCUGGAUGGACACUCAUCAGAUGCAAGAUAAAUAGGGGAUGAAAUGUGGGUAAGGAUGACCAAUAGCUUUGAAGCUGUCAACUGCGUUCUUAACCCAGACUAAAGUACAGUGCAGGAGACUUACGAUUUAGUUACCAAACUACUAAAUGUCCUUUACGAGGGAGAAGGCUUCUCGAAGGACAAUUAACUUGGAGAUUCACAAGAUGUUCUAAGGCAAGGUGGUGUGAGCCAAAGAAGCCAAGGGAACCAGCACGGGAACCCCACCCAUGAGCAAGGAUAUAUAAAAGCCCAGGAGCCUGAAGUAGCAUUCAUAACUCAGCUAACUUCGAGGACACAGUGCAGCCCUCUCUCUCUGCCAUCAUGUCUUUCAACUGCUCCACAAGAAAUUGUUCUUCCAGGCCAGUUGGAGGACGUUACACUGCUCCAGUGGGCCCAGUUACCACAGCUUCAGCCCGAGAUGCAGACUGCCUGAGUGGCCUCUACUUGCCCAGUUCCUUCCAAACUGGGUCCUGGCUCCUGGACCAUUGUCAGGAGUCAUGCUGUGAGCCUAGUGUCUGCCAGCCAACAUGCUACCAGAGAACUUCUUGUAUCUCCACUCCUGUCCAGGUAACUUGCAAUCGACAGACUACCUGUGUCUCCAACCCCUGUUCUCCCUGUAGCCGGCCACUCACUUUUGUGUCCACUGGCUGUCAGUCCCUGGGAGGAAUUUCCAGCUCCUGCCAACCAGUGGGAGGCAUCUCUACCACCUGCCAACCAGUGGGAGGUAUCUCUACCACCUGCCAACCAGUGGGAGGUAUCUCUACCACCUGCCAACCCGUGGGAGGCAUCUCCACUGUUGUCUGCCAACCAACCUGUGGAGUCUCCAGGACAUACCAGCAGUCCUGUGUGUCCAGCUGCCGAAGAACUUGCUAAGUGCAUAAGAGCCAGGGAGCCAGUUGAGUCUCCGUGCCCCACCAGCUGUGUUUCCGGGACCUUCCUGUAUGCUGCCUGAAUGCUUCAUCAUGUUAUUGACUGCCAAGUUGCUAACUGCUAGCUAUGCCCAAGCUGCCUUUGACACUCUAAAAUGUUUCUUGUCAGCCCAAGAUAACUUUAAGGUUUGGUUUCUGGUUCCGUGUAAACUUCUCAAAGCUUCCAGAGGUUUCGCCACCUCAGUCCAGUCUGAGGACCCACGAUACUUCCAGAGGUUCUCCUGCCAACAGCUUGUCUUCACCUUGCCGCUUUAUUGCCUGGCUUCUGCUUUUGUGUCUCUGAAAAAGGGAGCUCGUUGCUCCGUGUAUUUCUCAAUAAACUUGCAUUAGUUGGCAUUG